ACUUCAGUACAACGCCGGUAUGCCGGACUUCAAAGGCAUCGCAAAGGGAGGAUGGCAUCCCAAGGGUAAAGACGGCAAAUCCAAGGAAUCAUGGCGAGGAGACUUCAAAGGCAUCGACCAAGUUGCAGGUUGGAUGGGCAAGAAGAAAGGUCCUGGUGGAGGAGACGAGGGUGAACAUAUCUCACGGCCAUUGCACAGUUUAAAGGAUCCCGCGGCCUUCGGGCCUCCGCCAAAGAAUGUCAACUAUCAUGGCGGUGCAGCUCUUCCGAACCAAAUUACGCCGCAUACUGGUGGGUGGGGUGCACCUUUGUCGAAGGAGGACAUAAGGGCAAAGAAGGAAGCCGAGGAGGAGGAAGCACGGAGGGAGGCCGAAGAGGCAGCGAAACCGAAAGGUCCGCCAGUACCGUAUAGAAAGGAUACGACAGGUCUUUCGACCGCACAUCUUCCUCCACCUCCAGGGCGCAAAGAUGGAGCAGAUGGAAGGACGCCUCCUCCAGCAGACAAACCAAAACCUCCCGGGCUUCCGCCACGACUCCCUCCAAGACAGAAUUCCAGUAGUUCUGCUACUCCACCUCCUCCGUAUGCUGCAAACACACCCGAGCCGGAUGCUCACCGAGGUAUUCUCAAUCAAGGGGCUUUGAAUAGGUUGGGUGCUGCUGGUGUUUCUGUACCUGGAUUCGGCAUCAGCGGAGCAAAGUCAAAACAACCACUACCACCGCCCUCUCGAUCCCCUACUCACAGCCCUGCACCUGUUGCCUCCCCCAUAGCUAAUACCCAGCUCAACGAGCUCCAAUCUCGCUUCUCCCGCAUGUCAUCCUCAUCCUCCCCCAAACCGGAAGCACCCAGUCAAGGCACAACAUUCGCCCAGAAACAAGCUGCCCUCAAGACCGCGUCCUCGUUCCGAAAUGAUCCGUCAUCGGUAUCAUUAAGUGAUGCUAGGACAGCAGCAAGCACAGCAAACAACUUCCGGGAGAGGCAUGGCGAGCAAGUCAAGACAGGGUGGCAUUCUGCAAACAAGUUGAACACAAAGUAUGGUGUUGCAGAUAAGGUAGGGGCUUUUGGAGCGCCAGCGAAUGCGCAAACACUGGAGUCCCAAAGCCCUCAAGUUGAUACGAGGGACAAUACGAGUAGCCCACUUGCUGGGCCUGAAGGAGGAGUACUGGGGAAGAAGAAACCACCGCCUCCUCCCCCAGCCAAGAAGAAAGAGCUAAUGGGGAAUGGAGUUGGAAAGGAGCCUUUACCGCCGCCGAUACCACUGUCAAGUAAACCUAAACCUCAACCAUCUAGAUCCAAUCAUAACCAACCCGUUGAUCUCGACCUAGAUCUCAAAUCUCAAUGGUUCGUCAAGGGUCAAUUCCCACCUCGAACCAUCCCCACCAAAUCUUUCACCACAUCAUCUGGCUGGAGUUCUUCAGGGAGCCGCAAAUCCCACUGGCUUGUUGCGCACAUGCGCUUCGCAGAUCUGUCGAGUACCAAGAUUCGCGUGACGUGGGAUGGAAGUAGUCCGGAGUACACGGUCAAGGCAGAGCAGAGGCAUUCCCCUCCACCACCUGCACUCAGCAUUAGAGAGCUUGAGGAUUGUAGAGAUAGAUACUCCGAAUCUAUAGCCUCAUGGAGCGAAGCCCAAAUGGGCACCAAGGUUGGCAACGGCGAAUGCUGGACCCUCGCCAACGAAGCUCUCAAAGCCAUCGCUCAAACUUGUCUCUCGAGUAAUCAAGAACCAUGCAUGUCAUCUCAGAGCCUUGUACACGGCCACAUUCUCUACACAUACAUCCCGUCCCAAUCUUCACAACCUGUGCCUGCAGGCGGGAUACUGGAAGCGGGUGUGACAAGAGGAGAUAUCAUACAGAUAUUGAAAGCGAGAUUUGAGACAGGUAAUGGAGGAUGGCAGACUGCGGGCGACCCAGAUCAUACGGCUGUUGUGACGGGUGUAGAUCGUGAUGGGACAUUGAGGGUUGUCGAGCAGAAUGUGGGUGGGAAGAAGGUUGUUAUGAAGGGGAGAUACAAUAUGGGAGAGAUGGUUAGUGGGGAGGUGAGGAUUUUCAGGGCUGUGGGGGUUAGCUGGUUGGGGGAAUUGAAUACGGAGUGGUAAGGUGGCUGGUCUUUCAUGUCUACUGAAGAUAAUUAGCAAUUAUUCGCACAGCGAAGCUGUGGAAUAGACAGAGAAUCCAACCAGUGCAUUUGUAUGUGCUAGUACCUCGAAUUUUACUUGCUAGGUACUGCAAAUCCGAUAUAGCGACAUCUUUCCUCAGCUGGAAGGUCUCAAGCAGUGCGAAAAUCUGUGGGCUCUUCAUGAAAAUAAGACUGACCUCGCUGUAGUGCCUGGGCUGAAAGCUGAGAAUUUUG